AUGCGGGUCAUGAUCAAGGGGGGCGUGUGGAAGAACACCGAGGAUGAGAUCCUCAAGGCCGCGGUCAUGAAGUACGGCAAGAACCAGUGGGCCCGCGUCGCGUCGCUCCUGGCGCGCAAGUCGGCCAAGCAGUGCAAGGCGCGCUGGUACGAAUGGCUGGAUCCGAGCAUCAAGAAGACCGAGUGGAGCCGCGAGGAAGAGGAGAAGCUGCUGCACUUGGCCAAGCUCAUGCCGUCGCAGUGGCGCACGAUCGCUCCGAUUGUUGGCCGGACGGCUGCCCAGUGCAUGGAGCACUACGAGAAGCUCCUCGAUGCGGCGCAGUCCAAGGACACGGAGAACGCGGACGACCCGCGCCGGCUGCGCCCUGGCGAGAUCGACCCGAACCCAGAGAACAAACCCGCGCGCCCUGAUCCGAUCGAUAUGGAUGAAGACGAGAAGGAGAUGCUGUCGGAGGCGCGCGCACGUCUCGCCAACACGAAGGGCAAGAAGGCGAAGCGCAAGGCCCGCGAAAAGCAGCUGCAGGAAGCGAAGCGCCUCGCUUCGAUGCAGAAGCGCCGCGAGCUGAAGGCUGCGGGGAUCAACUUUGACCGGAGCCGCGAGACCGGCACGGUCUUCAAGGUCAAGCGGCGCAAGACGUACAUGGACUACGUCAAGGAGAUUCCGUUCGAGAAGAAAGCGCCCGUCGGCUUCUACGAUGUGAGCACCGAGAAGGCCACGGCCGGCGGCGCGCUGGACCCGAAGGCGGCGGCGCUGUACCUCGAUAAGCUCGAGGGCGUUCGUCGCGACGCGGAAGAGAAGAAGAACCGCCGCAUGGAUGCGCGCCGCCAGAAGAAGCUGCUCACGACGUCGCUGCCCCAACAGAUCGCGGCCAUGAAUGCGCUCAACGACCCGAGCACGAUGAUCAAGCGCAAGCCGCUCGAGCUGCCGGCGCCAAUGGUCUCGAACGACGAGCUCUCGGCGCUGGCCAAGCAAGGCGCGGAAGACAUUGCCCACGCGCAAAUGCUCGCGCUCGAACACGCGCAGUCGACACAGGCGCUCUUGACCAACUACGAGAUGACGCCGCAGCAACAUGCCACGCCGGCGCGUGCGACGGCUGCGAGCUCGUCCCGCGAGGCACUGCUCCAAGAAGCGGCGAACCAGGCGGCCUUGGCACGUGCGCAAACGCCGCUGAUGGGCGGCGAGAACGUCGAGCUGCAGGCGGGCACAGGCUACGGUGGCAUCACGCCCCGUAGCAACCUCAUCAAGGCGACGCCGCUUGCAUCGGGUCUCCGGACGCCGCAGUCGUCGCUUCGGACGCCGAUGCGCGACCAGCUUGGCAUCAACGCCGAGCCGCUCGUCGGCCUCGACGCGUCGCGCAAGGCGGAGAAGGCGCGCAGCCGCGGUCUCGCCCAGGAGCUCAAGAUGGGCUUUGCCAAACUGCCGUCGGCCGAGAACGAGUACGAGCUCGCUAUGCCCGACAUCGUUGACGACAAGGAACACGCCGAGACCUUUACCGAGGAUGCCAGCGAGCGCGAGGCCCGCUUGGCGGCGGCGGCGGCCAAGGAGGCUGAGAAGGCCGCGCUGCGUCGGUCCAGCGCGGUGCAGCGCAACCUGCCGCGCCCGCUGCACGCCGAGAGUACGACGCUGUCGGCCCUGGAGGGUCCCGCGGCCGACGAAAUGCGAGCGCUUCUUGCGUUUGAUAUUGCGGACAAGAAGACCAAGGCGUCCAAGAAGAAGAAGCCGCUGCUGGCCGAGAUUUCGGACGAGGCGCUCCACCACGCACGCAGCCAAGUCGCGCUCGAGGCCAAGCUGCAUCCGGCCGAUUCGGAGCUCGGCGCGGCAGCCUGGCAUGCGCUGCACGACGCCUACGUGUGGGACCCGACCGAGCGCUCGGUGUUGGAGAUGGCGACCUUGCCCCUCGACCACCAAGUGCGUCUGCUCACCACCGAGUUCAAGCGGCUGCACGAGAUGGACGCCAAGCUCCAGAAGAAGGCGACGAAGCUCGAACAGAAGGCGCAGAUCCUCCACGGCGGGUACGAAGCCAAGUGCGCGUCGCUCGGGGCGGCGCUCCAGACGACGCAAGCCGCGUGGCUCCAGUCGGAGCGGGAUCGCCACUGCUUUGCCAACCUCGAGGCACUCGAAGCCAGCGCGCUGCCGCUGCGUCUCGUCAAGGUCGCGCGCGAAGUCGACGCGCUCCAGCUCAAGGAAGACGCGCUCCUGUCGGCGUAA